AUGGCCUUGACAGCGGAAGUCGAUAGCAUUGCGCACGAGUUGUCGAGCCUUGACUUUCACCACCCAUUUACGCCGUAUGAUGUCCAAAAUCAGUUCAUGCAAACAGUGUAUCAAGUUCUGGAGACCGGACAAGGACAAGUGGGAAUCCUGGAAAGCCCAACUGGUACUGGUAAAUCUCUCUCGCUCAUAUGCGCAUCUUUAACAUGGCUUCGAAACCAUAAAGCUACUAGGCAGGAGGCAGAACUGCAAGUGGCAGGAGAGUCGUAUAAAGACGAACCGGCUUGGAUUGUCGAGCAGCUCCUGUCUCGUAAAAGACAAGAAUUGUUGAGGCAAUGGGAAGAUAGAGAAAAGCGUCUUGCUUCCUUUAGACUUAGAGAGAAAAUUCAGGAGGAAAGAAGCCGAAAGCGACGCCGUGUGGAAGACGUUUCUGCCGCCGUUGAAACAACGGCUGACGAAGAUGCCGAAUGGCUACUGGAUGCUGAUGAUGACGACGCACGCCAAGAAGAUGCCCUAUCUGGUCUGAGUAAAGAGUCGCGAGAGAUUCUUGAGAAGAUUGGCUUAGGAGGACGUAUGAAGCAAACGGACGAUGAGGACAUCCUAGAAGAGAAAAUCAAGAUCUACUAUACAUCCAGAACACAUUCUCAAUUAUCGCAAUUCAUCACAGAACUGCGCCGCCCUGUGUUUCCGUCGUCAUUGCCUCCGUCGGUUGCAAAGGGAUCAGAUGUCUCCUCAACUGAACCUGUGAAGCUUCUACCACUAUCGUCGCGACAGAAGCUCUGCAUCAACCCAUCGGUUGCUCGUCUCGGGUCAGUUCAAGCCAUCAAUGACCGCUGUACAGAACUCCAGCAAGCAAAGUCCAGCACCAAAUGCUCGUUCGUUCCGAAGGAAGAACUUCUUAGCCAAACCCACCAGUUUCGGGAUUCCGCUCUGGCCACGCUCCCAGAUAUUGAAGAUCUUCAUCUGCUUGGAAAAUCCUUGUCAAUAUGUCCCUACUACGCCUCCCGUGUGGCUCUGCCUGGAGCUGAAAUCAUCACACUGCCAUACCCGCUUCUGCUGCAACGUAGUGCUCGCGAGGCUCUGGGCAUUAAGCUUGAGGGUAACGUGGUCAUCAUUGACGAGGCGCAUAAUAUCCUCGACGCGAUAUCGAACGUGCAUGCCGCAGAGCUGCAGCUGAGCGAUCUCCGCAGAGGUCGCCAAAUGCUUGGCGUUUAUGUUAAACGAUUUGGCAAGAAGCUAAAGGGCAUAAAUCGCGUAAAUGUUGGGAGAGUAGGGAGAGUCAUUGACGGGCUGUCCGAGUGGCUUGAGGGAGCCUUGAAACUCAAGAAUGAACAUGGGAUUGUCGAUCCAAAUGAUCUCACAAGACACAAAGGUAUUGACCAGAUCAACAUUUACGAAUUAAUCCAGUAUAUACAAGAGUCCAAACUGGCUUAUAAGAUUGAGAGCUACGUUGCUCACGUAGAAAGCGAGGGCGAAAACAAGAAACCUGGACUCUCAAAAGCCGGAACGCCUGUCCUGCAUAUGCUUGUUUCAUUCCUUAUUGCCCUUACGAACCUUGGCUCUGAAGGUCGCAUCUUCUACCAAAAGACUCAAGGGGCCACUGCAGAUGUCAAACUUACAUAUCUGCUUCUCUCGCCCACUCAUGCUUUCUCCUCAAUUGCUUCAAGCGCCAGGGCUGUAAUCCUGGCCGGUGGAACAAUGUCACCCUUUCAAGACUACAAGGAUCAGUUAUUUCCCACCCUGGAUAACACAAAGGUAACAUCGCUAAGCUGCGGACAUGUUAUUCCGGCAGAAAAUCUUUGCGUCUGGACCCUUGCUUCGACCAAUACCGAGUCACCGCCAUUCGAGUUUAGUUUCAAGCACCGAGGAAACAAAGAAAUGAUGAAUCAGCUGGGUUUGGCAAUCUUGAACGUAUGCAAUAUUGUACCUGACGGAGUGGUCGUUUUCUUCCCGAGCUAUGGCUAUCUCGAUGAAAUAAUAGCGGUGUGGCAGCAACGCCAAGGUGGAAGCUCUCAAACUACAUGGGAUCGACUGCAGGCGCGAAAAUUUGUUUUCAGAGACACCAAGGGUGAAAGCAGCGAAGAGGUGCUGCGGGACUACUCCGAAGCGAUCCUGGGGACUAGACCAGCCGGGGACAAGCACACCGGGGCUUUACUCCUGAGUGUUGUCGGCGGUAAAAUGUCCGAAGGCAUCAACUUUUCAGACCGAUUGGGACGCUGUGUGAUGGUCGUUGGGCUACCCUACCCAAACAUUGCAUCGCCAGACUGGAAGGCAAAGCUUGAGUACAUUGAGUCGACAACAGAGGCCCGACUCAUCAAAGAAGGGCAAAGCAGCAGCGAUGCAACAGCACAAGCGAAGCAGGCCGCGAGAGACUUUUACGAAAACGCCUGCAUGCGAGCCGUCAACCAGAGUAUUGGUCGGGCGAUCCGACAUCGUGGAGAUUACGCAGCAAUCAUCCUGGUCGACCGAAGAUAUGGCACGCCUCGGAUACGAAAUAAACUGCCUGGAUGGAUUCAGAACGGCCUUCAGCAAGACAGCCAUGAGAAAGGGCUUGGCGUACUGAUGGGAGCACUAGGCGGCUUCUUUCGCAAGAAGUCUCAAGCAAGUAGUGGCAGCGCAUAA